AUGGGAUUACUUGAUAAUUUCAAAGCAUUUGUGCAUUCUAUAACCACUGAAGAUCAUUAUGCUUCAUAUGGAUCCCCAUAUAAGAAUUCUAUUAAUGGCUCAACCAGUAAUGUGGUUGGGGGGUCAGGAGGGUUUGAUUCUGGUUCAAGGUUACAUGAGUUAAAUCGUUUAGCUACUGCUAAUUCAUCUAGUCAUUCAUUAAUCGAAGGACAACCUAAUAAUAACAGUUCUAGUCAACUAAAUAAUGGACCAAUUGGUUAUAGACCAGGAUUAAGAUCGUCUAGUACUAAUUUAAAGAAUUCACGUAAUUCAUCUGACGUUCAAUUACAAAAUUUUUCAAAUGGACAACCCCCAUUACCAUCAAUUGAAUCAUUAUGGAAUAGAAUUGAAAAUUGGUUAGAAGAAGAGUAUCCUGAAUUAGAAGAUAAUUUAAAUUAUGGAGUUACUAGUGCUGACUUGAAUGAAUUUGAAAAUGAUUUAGCAAUGGGUUCAUUACCAGUUGAAUUUAGACAAUUUUAUAAGAUCCAUGAUGGACAAUUUAGAGGAGGUAAACCCACCGGUUUAAUUAUGGGAUUAACUUUAUUAGAUAUUGAAAGUAUUAUUGAAGAAUAUUCAAUUUGGGCUAAAGUAAGUCAAAGAAUUGAAAAACAACAAUACAUUUUACAACAUCAAAAAAAACAACAAAUUUUACAAAAAAAUGAUUCUCAAUCAGAUAUUGAUACUACAAAUGAUAAAACUUCUCCUAAAAUUAAUAAUAAUUUUAUAACUAACCAAAAAUCAAUUCCACCAAAUUCAAUUCAACCUUAUUAUGUUCAUAGAGGUUGGGUUCCUUUGAUUAAAGAUUCUUGUGGUAAUCAAUUUGCUUUAGAUUUAGCACCCGGUCCUGCAGGUCAAUGGGGUCAAAUUAUAUUAUUUGGUAGAGAUUAUGAUACUAAAUUAGUUAUUGCAUCAAGUUUCCAAGAAUUUAUCUUUGGAUUUGUAAAUGAUUUAGAAGCUGGUAAUUUUCAAAUUGAUCAAUCAGAAUCAAGAGUUGAUAAUGGUUUCUUAGAUAGUUCUAGAGAUGAUGAUUAUAUGAUUGGGGAUGAAGACGAAGGUGAAGGUGAAUUAUCAUUUUUAGAUCGUUCAGGUAAAGAAUUUGGUGCUAAAUUAAGAGGUAAAUUAAAUUACUUGGAUGUUUGGAAAAGAAGAGCUUUAAGAAAAUAUGGUAUUUCAAAUAUUGAGACUUUCCAAACUGCUUUCACUCCACAAAGAUUACCUCCAAAUUUGAAAAAACCAAUUAAUGGUCAUUUACCUGGCUCGUCUUCAAAUAUUCAUAAAAAUAACUCUAGUUCUAAUUUAAAUAAGUCAAAUCCUUUAAUUAAUUUAGAAAGUACAAGUAAAGUUGCAUUACCUAAAGAAACUUUAAUUGGAGAUGAAAAGAAAGAUGAACAGAAUAAAAAUCAAGUAAAAGAUGCUGCUACAAAGGUGACUAAAGAUGAAGCAAAGGCUGAACCAAAAGCUGAACCAAAAGCUGAACAGGCUGAACCAAAAGCUGAACAGGCUGAACAAGCUGCACCUAAAGCUGAACAAGCUGCACCAAAAGCUGAACAAGCUGAGCCAAAGGAUGAACCAAAGAAUGAGCCAAAGAAUGAGCCAAAGAAUGAGCCAAAGAAUGAGCCAAAGAAUGAAGCCAAAGAAACUAAAGAAACUGAUGCUGAUGCUGAUGCUGAUGCUGAUAAGGUUGCUGACGAUUUAAAUGACGUUGCAUUAUAA